AUGCUUCGCGUUUCCAGCAUCGACUCUUCUAAUAUGCUCCUCAUUUUCUCUAGUUCGUGGGAGACUAUUCCAUCAUCGUCUGAAUUAACCACAAAUGGAAUAUUGACGGCAGCAUCCACAUAUGCAGUUUACUGCGCAUCUAGUGGCGCCGCAUUUCCAGCCGUAGCAUUUCCAUUCGAUGAGGGAACAGCCUCACGUCGUAGUCGUUCGAGUUCGGCGUCACCAAAUAUGUUGGAGCGCAGGAUGUACCGAACUCGGUCCGCCAGGUUUUGCUCAGUGACGGAUAGAGAUGGCUCCAGCUCUGCAAAAAAAGCGAUGCAUCCUAGCCCGAUACGCCAAACCUCCAACUUAUCCCCCUUUCGCCCUAAAAUACGCCCGCAAUGCGUUAGUAUUCAUUUCGAUUGUCCAUCACAUGUGGCGUACUCCACCAGUGGCGGGUGCCGAUUGCUGGGCCCGCGUAGACCCUGCCGACACCAAGCUAGCUGGUGGGGAUAA